GUCUCUGUCAAUAAAUCUUGGAUGGUUUUCGUUUUUUCACGAGGAGCAAGCAAGACAACACAGCUACAACACCCUCCAAGCAAGAACACAACAACCACAACCAACAAGCAAGCAACAACCAACAAUCAAGAUGACUGGUCCAAUGGCUGGACCUGCCGCUUGCACUUCUACCAUGAUAAGAAUACCCCCUAACAACGUUUCAUCUGUCAGCAUGAUCCACAGGUUAACGGUGUGUCUUCUGUUGCUGUUGCUAUUAUUCGUCAACACAGUCCAUGCCAACGAAGGUCAUGUCCUGGUUCCGUACGAAGAAACGUUGGAAUCGUACGUGGAAUACCCGACCGACAAUGCCUCACAGACCCUACUGCUGGGUCAAGCGCUAGCUCCGGCGGUGACGUUGGAAUUGUGGUCGACGACGGACGACUUUUUGCAGCCGCUGUUUUAUCUGAUCAAGGGAAUUGUCCGACGCCUCGACAAGAAAUUGGUCGUCUUUUCGCCCCGUUAUUUGUUGGUCGAUGGCCGUGAUGUGGGAUGCCGCGGCGUGGAAGACGAAAACUCGGAAUGUCGACAAAACUGUACCAAUCACGGACGUUACUGUGCCGCUCCGACGAGACCCGACGAUCCCUCCUUGGCGGCGCGCAUCAGUGGAGCGGAUAUCGUCGAAGAGACACUGCGGAGAUUGUGCGUCUGGGUCGUCUAUGGCAAGACAGGAGGACGCAAUCAACUUCAUUUCUGGAAUUACAUUAGCGACAGUGGCUUUUCCCAGUGCCAAGAAGACAGCAAUAAACCCUUUGGCAAGAACUGCACCUACUCUAUUAUGAAUCGCCUCGGCAUUGGCACGCAUUUCAUUGAACGCUGCAUGAAUCACACACACGGACUGGAGGCGGAUGUGGACAAUCCCUACUUGGACGAACAACUGGCGGGUGGCAAACCAUUGACGGUCGCACGUAUUCCCGUACUCAAAAUCAACGAAUUCUGGUAUUCCGAAGCGGGCGCUCCCAGUACGGGACGCAUCUUUCGAGCCAUUUGUGCCAAUUUUCCUCAAGACGAACAACCGGUGGCGUGCGACUUUUGCAAAGACUGUACGGAUGUCCGGUACUGUCUCUGGUUUUUGCAAUGCGAUGGAACUACCUUUGCCGAAUAUGCCGCCAGUACGUUGGUCGGAUUUCCAACACAACAAAACAAUCCUCAAGAUGGACCCUUUCCCGAUCAAUUUACCACUACACCCGUCACCAAAAUACCCACUGCCGCUCCGACGGCCGCGCAAACCACACCACAACAACAACAGGAAAAUGCGAAUAGCACCCACAAGGAGCGAGCCAAGGACGCGCUCGUACAGGGAAUUCUCGUCGGAUUGGCCAUGAGUGUCCUCAUUAACGUUUAUUUCGCUUGUCGCGAUUGGCAGGCACAACUCGUUUGGAAAGAAAUUCUCAAAGAGGGUGUCAAGGAUGCCACCAAGAAUCUACCAAAAGAUGAGACCUUUCAAAAACCACCCAAACGAACGCCAACACCAAGCAACAACACUCCCUCGUCGUCGUCGUCGUCGACCUUUAUGAACAAGUACAUGUCGGAAAGUGGCGACGACGAUCCGUUUGCGGCGGCCGCCAAAAAGUACCUGCACAAAACACCCUCGUCGGAAGACGACGAAGAAGAGGAGAAUCCAUGGGAUCGAUACCAAGAAGAAAUGCAAAAUAGCUUUAGUCCACGUGGCGACAACAGCGGCGAUGAUGAUGACAACAACAGUGAACCAGGGGGUGUCGAUCCGGACGAUUUGCUUUAUGAAUUCUCGGAAUGCUCUGCCAAAAUCAUUGUCGAAGGGAAACCCACACAACUCGGACCCGGCACGUGGGUGUGAGUUGGAUGCUGGAUGCUGUACCGUACUGUUCGAAGAGCUACUAGCUAGCCAGAAGACGACACAAUGUUACCCUGUCGAUUCGACUCGCUUCUUUUGCUUGGACAUAGCAGUUAGUUCGACGACAGCCAGCUGGCAGAUCCUUCUUUUUUUUGACUGCCUAUUGAUCCGGUGGGAACGACGGUGAUCCAUCCUGCACGCUUGUUUGUUUGCCUCGAGGUCGAAUGCUGACAGCUACCCAGCUGCGCAACAUGACGAACCUCCCCGGUUGUGCUUCGCCCUGACUCUCCACCCCACCUUAGACUUGAGAAACUAUGCAUUUUUAGUAGUACUAGGAUCCAUGAUACCGU